ACCAUCUCUCGCCCGCUUUCGCACCGCACCGCACCUCAGCUCAGCGCGCAACGCCCAAUCCGCCGCGGGCUUGCAGCUCCCCGACAACCAAUUCCUCCACCCCAGUCUUAGUGAGCAGCCUACCGGAAACUCACCUUGCGCGCAGCCGUUCGGUCGCUCAUUAUGAUCCUCGAAGACCAGAGGUUCCUCCAUGAGGACCUCGAGCGCCUCGAGCAGGCUAUUGCUGAGCGCUCGCUCGAGGACCCUAAGAACAUCCGCGAGCGCCUGGCCCGCGACCACACGGUAUCGAACUUCCUGACGCGGAUCCAGACGCAGUCAGAGCGGCUGCUGGACAUCUACGCGGACAAGAAUGGCAGCCGGGCGCGCGAGAUCCAGGACAUCGGCACGGGCGACCCCUUCGAGCACUUCUACAAGGAAUACAACACGGUCAAGGACUUCCACAAGCGCUACCCGAACGAGGGCGUCGAGAACCUCGAGCGCGCAUACAAGCGCCGCGCCGUCGGCGAGACGGACCCGUUUGCGCCCGACAUCGAUGGCAUGUUUACGGGUGAGGAGGGCUACGGCCGCUUCUUCGACUUGACGAUCCUGCACGAGGAGUACAUGAACCUGCCUGGCGUCAAGGGUACCCGCCGCAUCAGCUACCUCUCCUACCUGGACGUGUUCGACGUGUUUGUGCCGCCCAAGUGCCCGAUCAAGCGCUCCGACAAGAUGACCGAGGCGUACUUCUCGUACCUCAACAACCUGGUCGAAUACCUAGAGAGCUUCAUGCGGCGGACACGGCCGCUGACGGACCUGGAGAAGCUCUUUGAGCAGUUCGGCAAGGAGUACGACGAGGCGUGGAAGAGCAACAAGGUCGAGGGAUGGGAGGAGGAGGCGCGCGAGGAGGGAGCGUCGGCGUCGACGGCAGAGGGCAACGGCACCGGCAUCUGGUGCCCGGACUGCAAGCGCGAGUUCGCGUCGCAGGCCGUGUACAACAGCCACCUGCCGGGCAAGAAGCACAAGCGCGCAGCAGCGGAGCGGGCAGCCUCGGGCGAAGCAGCAACGGAGCGACCGGCCAACGGCGGCGCGGCCGCGUCGACGCAUCGCCUCAAGGAGCGCGCGAUUGCGGACCGCGAGUUCCGCGUCGCGCGGCUGGCAGGCGCCAUGAAGAGCGAGCGGGACGAUACGCGCGUUAACGUCGAGCGCAAGCAGGGCAUGACGGAGCGGGAACGCCAACAGGAACUGGACGCAUUGUACGCGGAAGGAGAAGAGCCGAGCGCAGUGGGCGGGGGCGACGCCAACGCCGACGACGACGAUGAAGCCGAAGACAAGAUCUACAACCCGCUGAAGCUGCCGCUGGCCUGGGACGGCAAGCCCAUCCCCUACUGGCUGUACAAGCUGCACGGGCUGGGCGUCGAGUUCCCGUGCCAGAUCUGCGGCAACUUUGUCUACAUGGGCCGCCGCGCCUUCGACAAGCACUUCAACGAGGCGCGCCAUAUUUACGGCCUCAAGUGUCUGGGCAUCACCAACACGACGCUGUUCCGGGAGAUUACGCAGAUUGAGGAGGCGCAGCGCCUGUGGGCCAAGAUUGUGGCGGAUAAGAAGGCCGAGCGCGUCGCUAAUGAUAAUGUCGUCCAGAUGGAGGAUGGUGAGGGGAAUGUCAUGCCUGAGAAGGUGUAUUAUGAUUUGCAGAAGCAGGGCCUGUUGUAGGGUGUGGUGGUGGGGGAGAGAGGGUUUAGGGCGAUGGUGCUGCUGCUUCUGGGUGCUUUCUGCUGCUGAUGCGAGGCCGGUUUGGAUAGCGUCUUCUCGUGCCAGCCUGUCAGCGGCGAGGACGUACGUACGUACCAUACCGCACCGCACUGUACGCACGCAGCAUCCUGACCACACUUCACGAUAGCGAUAGCGGGAUAGGAUAGGAUAGGUUGAGAUGAGUUGAGAUGAGUUGUAGUGAGCUGUAGUGCUUGGCCAUACACAGUACCCAGGUAGUCACAGCCAUAGUCACAGUCACAGCCACAAUGAACAUACGUGCACGACUG